AUGAUGGUACGCCGUCUUAUGCCGAUAAAUCGACGAUGCUCAAGGUGGAAAUCCCCCAGCCGCGUGAAAGAGACUCAGACUGAUAAAAGACAGGCUGCAAGAGAAAUCCAGAGUCUGCUGGGUGAAGACGCAGUGAGCAUGGAUGUAGAUGAUCUCGAAUCUCAUGGGUAUUCGGAGGCAUCUACUUCAAACAUCGACAAUCGCCCGGUCGCAGUCAUCAUGCCUACUUCCACCGAGGAGGUGUCUUUGAUUGCAAAGAUCUGCAAUGAACAUCGCAUCCCCAUGAUUCCAUUCGGCGCUGGAUCGAGCGUGGAAGGGAACUUUACUGCUCCUUAUUCCGGAUUUAGUAUUGACUUGUCACGCAUGGACAAGAUCAUUGCUUUCCACGAGGACGACCUAGACGUCGUUGUUCAGCCCGGUGUCAAUUGGGUGAACCUCAACGAUACGCUCAAACCAGCGGGUCUUUUUCUUCCUCUCGAUCCCAGUCCUACAGCUCAUAUCGGUGGAAUGGUCGCGACAAACUGCAGUGGCACAAACGCUCUUCGCUAUGGGACGAUGAAAGACUGGGUCGUGAACCUCACCGUCGUUCUUGCAGAUGGAUCCGUCAUCAAAACACGUCGCCGACCGCGCAAAACCUCUGCCGGAUAUAACUUGAAUUCUCUGUUCGUCGGAUCGGAAGGCACUCUCGGGAUUAUCACGGAAGCAACUUUGAAGCUGGCAAAUGUGCCUUCGCACUUUGGUGUUGCCACUGUCGCCUUUCCAACCGUCAAGGAAGCAUCCAACGCGGCGACCGCGAUGAUUCGCAGCGGAGUAUCUCUAGCUGCCUUGGAACUGAUGGACGAUGUUCAGAUGCGCGUACUGAACCAAGUUGGAGGCACUGCUGGAAAAAUGUGGCAAGAGAAACCUACUUUGUUUAUUACAUUUUCCGGCUCACAGCGGACUGUCGAAGAUAGCACGGGGGCCUCACAGACUAUCAGCUCCGCCUACGGAGGAUCGGAAUUUGUUUCUGCUACCGACGAGAAGACGAUGGAUGCUCUUUGGUCAGCGCGCAAGUCCGCUCUUUGGGCCAUGCUGGCGAUCAGACCAGAGGGCACGCAGAUUUGGUCAACUGAUGUUGCUGUCCCACUCUCACACCUCGCUGAGAUUGUUGAACAGUCCAAGGAAAACUCUUCCAAGCUUGGCCUUUUCUCGACUGUAUUGGGGCACGUUGGCGAUGGCAACUUUCACCAAACUGUUAUGUAUAAUCCGGAAAAGUCCGAACAGGUGGAGGGGGUGAAGCGCUGUGUUGAUACUAUGAUCAUGCAGGCCUUGAAGAUGGAUGGUACAGUAUCCGGCGAGCAUGGAAUUGGUCUUGGAAAGAAGGAAUGCCUGGAGAAAGAACUGGGUCCAGCUACUAUCGCUGUCAUGAGGGCUCUGAAGAAGAGCCUAGACCCUUAUUGGUUACUAAACCCAGGGAAGGUCAUAAACUUCUAG